UUCAGUAUAAAACGGUCCGGGAGGGAGUUAACAUCGUUACUUUUUUAUAUAUAUUUUAUUUCGACAUACAUACUCAUGUAUAUAGUUUUAAUACAUAAUAAAGGCCUUGGUACAUCAAGCAUUCCAUUCAAAAAGACACAAAUAAUUAUGUCAGUGCUUUCACCUUUUUUUUAAAUUUUAAAUAAUUUCUAUUAUCAAUAAUUCAAUGAGUUUAAAUAUAGAUACUUUUUUUCUUAGUCUUCUUAUUUUUUCUAAAUUUUUUAAAAUUUGUUACGAGUGUUGUUUAAUAAUUUAUUGUGAUCAAUAGUUUAUUAGUUUCAUAAUUAUUCGGUGACCUUGAUAGCACGUGAUAGUUUUAUUGUUUAUUUCUUUGAUUGAUUUAAGUGAUAUUUAUAUUUAUAUUGAUAGUGUUAUUGAUUUCUGCAAAUAUGAGGAUAAAAAAUUUUUUGAAUGAAUUUAAAUGAAAUUAAAAAAAUUUUACUUUUUAUUUAAAAUGUGAAAGUGAAAAUUUGGAAAAAAAUGGAUUAUCGGAGACAUAUAUAUAUAAAUUUUUAAAUUGAAAUCAUAAUCAGAAAUGCCAGUAUGAGAGGAAUACCAAACGAUUCCCUAGUGGAACGUGGACUUGUAAAACCUUACUCAGUAUCUUCAAUUUAUACAAGAAAAAAAAAUGGAAUAAUACGAGGAGUUACAAUAGCUGGAGGAGCGAGAUCAGGACGUGGUACAUUAAUAAGAACAUUAAUAUUUGUAUUUUUGGCAACAUUUUUAUGGUUACAACUUAACGUUAUCAGUUUAACUGGUCGAAAUUCAUCAAGUCAAUCGUCCAUUAAUGAGAGUAUUUACGCACUAGUGCCUCAAGAACUUCAACGAUUUUUAAAAGAUCGAAGAAAUUCAUCAAGUCAAGGUGCUAAUGGAACACUUGGUAUUUAUGGGAAUAGCUAUGAUAUAAACGAUAUUAAAAGAAAUAUAAUAAAACUAAAUGGCGAACAAAAAAUAUAUAAUGAAGACAUAUUUGGGCCAUUAUCCACGGAUGCUCCGAUUAUUGUUAUACAAGUACACUCAAGACUUACAUACCUGAGACAUUUAAUAGUGUCAUUAGCACAAGCUAAAGGCAUUGAGGAUGUAUUAUUAAUAUUUAGUCAUGAUGUCUGGAAUCCAGACAUCAAUUAUCUUAUACAAAGUGUUGACUUCUGUCGUGUUAUGCAGAUUUUUUAUCCAUAUAGUAUACAAACACAUCCAAAUACAUUUCCUGGUGAGGAUCCAAAUGAUUGCCCAAGAAAUAUUGAUAAAAAACAAGCUCUGGCCUUAAAAUGCAUAAACGCAGAGCAUCCUGAUCUAUACGGUCACUAUCGGGAAGCUAAAUUUACCCAAACAAAGCAUCACUGGUGGUGGAAAGCUAACCGUGUAUUCGAUCAGUUAAAUGUAACACGUAACCACACUGGAAUGGUAUUAUUUCUCGAAGAAGAUCACUAUGUAGCCGAAGAUUUUCUUCAUGUAUUAAAACUAAUGGAACGUACAUGUAAACAUAGUUGCGAGCGAUGUAACGUUCUUUCAUUGGGGACCUAUUUAAAAACGUAUAAUUAUUACGCUGAUUUGAGCCGAAAGUAUCUCAGCGUCAAUGGUGCACUUCAAAAAGAGCUUCUCCGUGGCCUAGAUCGUCAUGAUAACGUAGUAAAUCAUCAAAAUCAUAAUUCAGAUCAUCCUGAUAUUAAUAAAAAUAAUAAUCAACAACAGCAGCAGCAGCAACAGAAAGGAAUAAAAAAAUCGAUUCAAGAAGGACAGCAAAUUUAUUUGAACAACAAAGCAACCUCAACAUGGUCGUUCCAACUUUUACCGACUCUCUACAGUCAUUACCAGAAGGCCGAAGUGAUACCAUGGAUAUCAAGUAAACAUAACAUGGGAAUGGCAUUUAAUCGCAUUACGUGGAAUAAAUUACGUCAAUGUGCUUCACAAUUUUGUUCAUAUGAUGAUUAUAAUUGGGACUGGAGUCUUCAGUAUGUUGCCCAGACGUGUCUUCCACCAAGUAGAGGUGCUGGUGCUGCACCAAGAGUAGAUUCUGGUCUUGUUGCAAUGAUGAUGCGCGCACCACGUGUUUUUCAUAUCGGUGAAUGUGGUAUUCAUCACAAAAAAAAUAACUGCGAAUCGACGGCUGUGAUUGCUAAAGUUCAACAAGUUUUAAAAUCAGCACGUAAUCAUUUAUUUCCAUCGCAAUUGACAUUAACAAUUGCUGGGGUUGCUAAAAAAACAAAACUACGGAAAGGUAAUGGCGGAUGGGGUGAUUUACGCGAUCAUCAACUCUGUUGGAAUAUCACAGCAAACCCUGACCUAGUCUUACUUUAAUACUACACUAGUUUUAUAAAUUUUGAGAAGAAUAAACUAUUAAAUUUACUAUUUAUUUAUUUUUUAAUGAUAAUACUAAAAAAAUAAUAUUAAUAAAAAAUAACUUUUGACUGAUUAAUAUGAAAAAGAAAAGUAAAUAAAUAAAUAAUUUUAAUAUUUUAGUUGAAAAUUAUCAAUUUACGUUAUCAGAAUUAUAUAGAUUGUUAUUUUUUUUUUAUUUACGUUACUAAUUAAUGGAGUCAUAUUUUUUUCUUUUUAAAAAGAAAGUCAAAAAAUUAUAUUUAUUAAAGUAGUCUAUAAGCCGAUGAAUAGCAUUUUUAAGACCUAAAAUUUGAUACGUCAUUUUUGGUCUCGAUUUCAAAUUCUAUUUUCCCAAGAAAUUAGAAGACAAUGCAAAAAAAAAUUGUAAAAACCAUAGUAUAAUAUGAGAAAAAUGCCUAGAAAUUUUUAAAAUUAUUUACUAUGCAGUAUUCUUUACUAUUUACUAUUUUUUUAAAUAAAAUCUGACAUUCUCGUGAAAAAUGAAUCAUAUAUAUAACUAUAUAUGAAAAUUGGCCAUAUAUGUUCGUAUAUAGAACAUAUAUGAUCUAUAUAUGAUCCAUAUAUGAAGCAUAUAUGAUUCAUAUACAAAGCAUAUAUAAAUUAUAUAUACGACAUAUAUAUUUGAUUCACAUAUUCGUCAUAUAUAUUUACUCAAAUGAAGUAUAUAUGAUCUAUUUAUUCGCCAUAUAUAUACUCAUAUGUAAAAUAUAUAUGAUGCAUAUAUGAAGCACAUAUGAUUCAUAUACAGAGCAUAUGUAAAAUAUAUAUAAGAGAUAUGUUAUCCAUAUAUUCUUGUAUAGAUCUUUUGUGACUGAUAUAUAAAGUAUGUAACAUCUAUAUAUGUGUCAUAUAUAUACUCAUAUGUAUGGCAUAUCCGAAGCAUACAUAAUUCAUGUAUAGAGAAUAUAUGAUUCAUAUAUAGAGCAUCUAUGAUUUAUGUAAAGAACAUAUAUGCUUCAUAUAUAAGCAUAUGUGAUAUAUGACUAUAUAUGGAAGAAAUAAGCUUCAUAAAUGAGCAUAUAUAUGACUUAUAUUCCACUGAAUUCUAAUCGUAUUCAUGUAGACAUUUUUAAUCGUCUUUGGAUAUUAUAGGCUAGUUUUUGUCAAAAAUAUGACUACAGUUAUGACUAUAACAUAGCAUUUUAUAAAUUUUAUAUAACAAGUAGGGAAACUUUCAUUCUUACGAACGAAUUAUCUGUAUGGAGUCGAAUAAUAAUAUUCGCAUUUAAAAAAUUACCAAAAAUUUGAAUCUCAGAGUUUUAAUUUAAAAUCGAAUAUUAAUAUUACAGUAAUGAUAUUUUUAGUACUUUUAAUAUGAAUGAUAAUAAAAAUAAAUUGAAUAAUUUUUUAAUCGAAUUGCGGCUUUAUAGACUACUUUAAUUAAAAUUUUAAAUUAUUUUAAUUAAGCUUCUAUUCUAUAAAAUAAGUAACGCGAUGGGCUAAAUUAGUAUAUUUAAAAAUAAGUUAUGAAAUAAAUGAGAAAUAAAAUUUAGUGUUAAUUAAAAAAUUAAUUAUUAUAAAAACACUAGCCACAAUGAUGGAAUUGAUCGUGGUAAAAAAUAACCAUUAUAUUUUCGCUAGUAAAAAAAAUUAAAUUAAAAAAAAACUUUUUUUGCAUUACAAGGGAAUA